GCCAAAAUCAUAGCCCAGACACAGAGACAGGCCUAUUGUGAAAUAGCUACUUGCCGUUCACCGUCCGCGGGGAAUGUAUUCCUAACACCCACAUUACCCAAAUUCCCGAACAGUGCAACCGGUAUGCAUCUGCUAUUCAAAAAAUAAUAAUCUAAAAGCCAAAGACUCCAUACUCAUGUUCAUAUGUUAGUCUUCAGCGUUGGCUUUCAUGCUUUUUUGGAUGUAUCAGUGCAGCUCAACCGGCCAACGCAUUCAUAUUAAUAGAGGACGAUUACUGGAGCCGCGUUAUUUGGGAACAGUGGGGAGAUUUUGAUUCGUUUUGAGUCGCCAUGCAAGGUUUUUUGGUGCACUCGACGUACAUUCCUUACCGAUGGAAUGCAGAGUUCGACUUGCAGAGGCCGUUGUACUGUGUUCUAUUCUAUCCAACGUAUGCUCGAGGACAUGCACCUGGAAAUUAACAUGUACUCCUUUGUCCAGUGAGGGAAAAAGUGUGAUUCAGCUGGGCUUUGGCUCGUUUCUCGGAAUCAUUGGAGCCCAUUUGAUAGAAAAUAAGAGGCAAAUGCUGGUGGCGUCCAUUGUGUUCAUCAGUUUCGGAGUGGUGGCUGCCUUCUGCUGUGCUAUUGUGGACGGCGUGUUUGCCACUAGACACAUUGACCUCAGGCCCUACUAUGCCGGGCGCUGUGGUUUCUAUGCCAGUACAAAAUCUUCAGUGGGUUAUGAAGACGUUCACUGCCAGACAGCGUCCCGUGCCACCUGUAGCCUACGUGUGAAAUCCAACACUUGCUACUGCUGUGACCUCUACAACUGUGGCAAAGAACAUCCUCUUUUGGGACAUGCAAAUAAAGAUGUUUUGAAAAAGUUUAGGAAAACAUCCAUGAUUUUGAAGCCCAGCCGCAUUGAGCUGAUGGGGGGCUACCACGAGUACACGGAGGUAGGGAGCUGCGAGGACGUGGUGCACCUUUACCAUCUGCUUUGGUCAGUCACCAUCCUCAACAUCAUCGCUCUGUUCCUGGGCAUCAUCACCGCUGCCGUGCUGGGAGGCUUCAAGGACAUGACACCCAUGCUUACCCCUGAUUCCUGUGAAUCCGAGCCCCUCCCAGCAACUUCUGUCCCUUCGGUGCCAGCAGCUCGCAGCACCUCUUCCUUCAACUCCUACUACAACACUGCCCCCUGCCUACCGCCCUACACGGCCCGUGACACCCAGGGCUCCAGCAUGAUGUUCCCUGAUUCCUCUGGACUGUCCGAUGACUCCCAGUCAGGGGCCAGCCACAUGUGGCCCACCCUGGUUCCCCCCCGUUACUCUUCAACCUUCCACCCUGACGAGAGGCCUCCACCAUACAGCCCCUAAGAGGGUGUCAGGGCCCGGGAGAAAACCGGACGGCCAGCCAUCACCCUCUCCACUUUGACAUUAGCAACAAUGGCAGUUGACUGGGCGCUAGCUGGUCUUGAAUGUCAGUUUGAACACGAGGUGCUGUUGAAUCUGUCACUGUGAACCGUUCCUGAGCAGUCGUCUAAGGAGACAAAGGGUUAGCGGAAGGGCAUGGAUCGCGGCUAAGAAGCUAGCGCCAUUCGUCAUGGGCGGGCAAUGAGGUUUUACCCAUCUCUCAAUAAAUACAGCCUGUUAGAAGUCAGACAGAGUGGGUGGGUAAAGCAGGUGCCACGCCCCUGGCGGACGCUCUCAGUCGGUGCAAUUUGCUCGCUACCUCUUCUCCGUGGCGUCUCUUCUAUGUUGACAUUUCUCAGGGCUCCAGAGACGUGUACGCAGUGUGGCGGGUGGGCGGAAUACAUCCUGACGUACCAUACAGAUCUGCAAACAUUGAAGGGUGUGGCCAAGGGGAAAGGGGUGAGAGAGUGUGGACUGGCUGUGUAUCAGAAGCAGUACGUUUCCAGGCCGGUCUAAAGACUCGCCACGUUCGCACCAGUUCUCCUGAACAGUUGUAAAGCUUUGGAAAAUGUCUUCACCUCUCCCCAACUCACACCUUCGUUGUUCUCUCUCUUCCUAACUCGGUAUAAUAUGAAUGCUUCAUGUCCGAACUGGCACUGUGAUUGGUCCUUGUUUUUUUGCAUUGCCUUUUCUCAAGUGGCAUGACAUCAGUGUUGUGGUGUGGAAAUGGUUCUUGUCAUUUACGACUGAUAUUCCUUGGUAAUCUCAUGCUGGCCAGUGUUAACACUGAUUUAUUUUGGGGCAGCUAUAGGUCACAGAGAACUGUACAGAGAAGUUCAAGUCCCAGUUAAAGCCAUUUUCUUUUAGGCCUAAAAGCACUUUUAAUGUGAAAGUCUGUCAUUUAUUGUACAUUGUCAUCACCACAGCCCACAAGGUAUCAGCUGUUAAUGGUGCUUGGAUGUAUGUAAAGCUACAACCAUUUCUCUAUUAGUGCAUUGACAAAUAAAGAUAUUAAAACCUA